GACGACCGCCUACUCCACCCGGUGCCAGUGAAGCGUGGAGGGGAUCUUUGAACUUGCCCCUUGAGAUCGCAGGGAUCGAGGUGGAUCGAAAGAGCGGCCCUCGCCGACUCGGUUUGGAGGGGAGCCAAGGAAGUCACAAGAAGGUGACUUCUCAAGAUGGUAGACUAUCUGGCUAAUACCGAAAUUAACAGUCAACGGAUUGCUGCAGUGGAAAACUGCUUUGGGACAUCAGGCCAGCCCUUGGCUGUGCCAGGAAGGGUCCUUUUGGGUGAAGGGAUUUUGACCAAAGAAUGCCGUAAGAAAGCCAAGCCACGCAUUUUCUUCCUUUUCAAUGAUAUCCUCGUGUAUGGCAGCAUUGUAAUCAGCAAACGGAAGUACAGCUGCCAACACAUCAUCCCCCUGGAUGAAGUCACUUUGGAGAUGCUGCCAGAUACCUUGCAAAUGAAGAACCGCUGGAUGAUCAAAACCUCCAAGAAGUCCUUUGUGGUUUCGGCAGCAUCACUGACCGAGCGUAAAGAGUGGGUCAGUCACCUGGAAGAAUGCAUUUGCCAUCUCUUGUCCAAAACGGGGCAGCAGCCCCCAACUGAAUAUGCAGCCCCCUGGAUUCCCGAUAAGGCAACUGAUAUCUGCAUGCGUUGCACCCAUACCAAGUUCUCUGCUCUCAUCCGAAGACACCACUGUCGGAAGUGUGGCUUUGUGGUGUGUGGAGACUGUUCCCGGCAACGUUUUCUCAUGCCUCGGCUGUCUUCAAAGCCUCUGAGGGUUUGCAAUCUUUGCUACAAACAGCUGAUGGCCAAAAAGAAGGAAGCUGGAGAAGAGCCGAAGCCCGUUCAUCCUCCACCGACUGGCUGUGAAGUUUCUAGUGGGGAUGAUAGUGACAGGUCUGAUGAAGACAAGCUCGAACAGUGGCCUGCAGAGACCGAGUUUUACACAUCAGAUGUGAGCUGGUCAUCUUUCCAUAGCUGAUUGUGCCAGUGGACUUGUUGGCUUUAAAUGC